CAGCAAUCGGCCAUCGCGAAGAUGUGAGGGCGCCGUUUCCUUACCCGUUGCCGUUUCCUUUCAAUAGUCAAAAGUUUUAACGAUGAGUGGAGUGUCGUUCAAAAGCUGAAAGUGUCGUGAUGGAGUGCGUGUGUUUGUGGUGUGGUGGUGUUCAGUGUAAAACCGUUGUUUCUUGAUAUUAUAAGUGUUUUGUGUUGUGUUUUCGUAAUGCAUGCACCUUUUUGGUUACUUAAAGUUUAAUAUGGAUCGUGAGCUACGUCUUCACAGUCCUGUUGGAGCAGAACCAGUAGUUUAUACAUGGCCUCUCACUUCAGGAAGAGGAUCAGAUAAACAUGAUGGUGCAGUUGAAAUAGUGGAGACCAUUAGAUGGGUCUGUGAAGACUUUCCUGAACUAAAACUGCCAUUAGAAAACAACAUUCUUAGUGAUUAUGACACGAAAAGUUAUGACAGUAUGAGAAGUCUUUGCGACCGUUUUAAUAGAGCAAUAGACAGUAUGGUGCAAUUGUCGAAGGGAACGUCACUGCCACAACGUCUCAACAAGAAGCCUUCACGCGGCCUGCUCCGCCACAUCCUGCAGCAGGUCUACAACCAGGCUGUCCGCGAGCCAGACAGACUGAACCAGUACGAGCCGUUCUCCCCCGAGGUGUACGGCGAGACUUCAUUUGAAUUAGUGUGCCAAAUGAUAGAUGAAAUUCAGAUAACAAGUGAAGAUGUGUUUGUGGACCUGGGCUCUGGAGUGGGGCAAGUGGUGCUGCAGAUGGCUGCCGCUACACCUUGCAAGAUUUGUUUUGGGGUUGAGAAAGCAGAGAUUCCGUCCAGUUAUGCUGAGGAUAUGAACAGCAAUUUCAGGAAAUGGAUGGGCUGGUAUGGAAAACAUUAUGGAGAGUACCAGUUAAUCAGGGGAGAUUUCCUUACUGAGGAGCACCGGGAGAAGAUAGUGAGUGCCACAAUUGUGUUCGUCAACAAUUUUGCGUUCGGCCCGACAGUGGACCAUAUGCUGAAGGAGCGGUUCGCAGAUCUCAAAGACGGGGCCAGAAUUGUAUCUUCCAAGUCUUUCUGUCCUCUCAACUUCCGAAUUACUGAUAGAAACCUGUCUGAUAUUGGUACAAUAAUGCAUGUCUCAGAAAUGGUUCCUCUAAAGGGAUCAGUGUCCUGGACAGGCAAACCAGUUUCCUACUAUCUUCAUGUUAUCGAUAGAACUAAGCUGGAAAGGUAUUUCCAAAAAUACAAAAAUUUUAAAACAAGGAAUGGAGUAACAACAGUUAAUGGAGUGUUGAUGGAGUCCGAGGGUGGGAGGUCGUGUCGCUAUCGCAGUAGGCGAGAGGUGAAGACAGAAGUCAGUGGGUGUGACCAGAGCACAGACUCAGAGAGUGAGACAGAUAGUCUGGAACGGCCGAGAGUUACAACACGACGUGCCUGGAGUGACUACUGCACCAACAGGGGUCGCAGCUCCCAGAGUGAGGAGGACAGCACCGCAGGGAAGGGAAGAACUCAACAGAGGAAAAAACAGCUGCGACGCAAACUGCCAAGAGCAGGAAAACCCGCAAUAGCCGACAUCAACUCUCUACCCCCUCCUCCACCUCCAGUUAGGGCACAGCCCAAACGCACUAAGGCCAAGCAACCUAAGCGGGGGAAACCCAAGAAGGCUAUUAAAAUUACUGGACUUGACUUACUCCAUAGUGAGACUCUACUCAGCACCUCUCCUCAAGCUGUGGGCAAGAAGCUGCCACCGGCUCCAGGCUGUGUAGAUCAACAGCUGACCUCCCUGACCACCAAUACCCAACCGUCUCUGGUCCACGAGGAGUUGGAAAUUCCUCCUGCCCCUGCUGACACACCGUACUCCCUGCAGAUGUUGCUAGACCUGUUCCGUUCACAGUUCCUGGAGGCCAUUGACCAGAUGAAGCGGCCGUCAUAUCGUGCUGAGAUCAACGAACAGAUUAAAAAAGAGAAGGAAAGACAGGAGAAGCUGCAUAGUCGGGCUGCACAACUGGACAAGCAGAUUAAGGUGCUUAUAGACGACAGUGUAGCCCUGCUAAAGACAAGGAUGGCAGAACUGGGCAUCAACGCCUCUUGCCCCACUGACUUGUUGUCCAAGGCCAAAGAGAUAGUGUUGCGUCACAAGGAGUUGCAGGCCAGAGUGGCUAAGUUGCAGUUACAGUUGUCGAACCUGGAAGAGCAGAACACGAAGCUGCACGCGGAUAGGCAGUCUGAGCUGAACGCAAGUGCGCGUCAAGCAGGUCUGCCUAUACCACUCACCCGAGACCAGUUGCUCAAAGAGAUCAUGAACACCAUGAGUCAGCGCAAGAAGCUGCAGUCACAAAUCACAAGGCUAGAAUCAGAAAUAACCAAUAUGGAGAAAAAUCCAUUACCAUCACAAAAUGGUAUUGUGAAGCCAAGUGGGGACAAGCAAGUAACGAGCAGCAGCAAGCCACAGCGCAAGUCCCGGGAUCACCGCUCACGGUCCCAGGACUGGCCUGACGUUCCGGAUGUGGGAAAGAUUGAGGAGAACAACCCGGAGAUCCUAGCCCAGAAGAUCCUGGAAAAGGGCCGACAGAUAGAGGCAGGGAAGAUCCGUGCUCCUAGCGAAGUGGUGCGAGUGGCACAGCGCCCCCUGCCGACCAGUAGACCAAGCUCUCGCACAGCUCAGCCAGCACUGGUGUUCAACAACAGCCGAGCCCAGGAGCCACCCAGGGUUGCCAACUUCGAGGAUCGACUCAAGAGCAUCAUCACUACUGUUCUCAACGAGGAUCAGCAGAAUCGCUCCCAGCUGCAGAGUCAGGGUCGAGGCAGCUGGGGUCCUCGGACCACUCCCUCGCAGCCUGACUACACCCAGGUAUCUCCUGCUAAAUUGGCCUUACGUAGACAUCUCUCGCAAGAGAAACUUGCUGCUCAGAAUGGAAUGGUUCACAAUGGCAGUUUGGUCCAGACCCGCACUAUCGGAGAUCUGGUCAGCACUGAGAUUGAACGCACUUUGGAAAUAUCAAAUCAGAGUAUAAUAAACGCUGCUGUAGACAUGAGUACAGCUGUCACCACACCCAGCUCCAUGGUGAAUGCCAACCCGCCCCCUCGCCCUGAACGAGUCAGUCCACCCGGUCCUCAACCCCGCCAUACUACAGUAUCAUCCAGUCCUGCCUGUCGUUACGCACCCGUCCAGUUGCCCAGAGCAGAGAUGAAGCCAUACAGCGAGUCCUACUUCUCUGACUCCAAGCCGUUUGCUAGGGAGGAACCAGUUGAAGGACUUGCGGCCACCUUACACGCUAGGAUAUUGAAUGGUCAGACCCAGGAGGUGAAGCAGGAGGGGGGAGAGGACGAGAGGAUGUACUCUCCUCCUCUCCCAUUGGAGAUCAAGCUAGAGCCGGGCCAGGGAGUCAAACGAUGCUCACCCUCGCCUUCUCCCCACCACCACUCUCCCAUCAAGAAGCUGCACCUAGAGCCUCCGAUUGCCCCCUCCCCCGAUCCCCCACCUGACGGCCUAGACAAGUGGCAGCACACAAUCAGUUCUGGGUUCGACCGCCUUGUGGCCUUCGCGUCUACAGAGCUGGACAAGCGCAGACGCAGCACAGAGGGCGGGGGUGGGGGAGUGAGCUGCAACACCAGUCCUGAUAGUGGGAUUGGUCACGGGGACCCACCACCUGCCCCUCCACCUGCCCUGCUAACCAAGAUGCCCAGACUGUACCGUCCCUCACCCCCACCUGUCCUGGAGGCUGGACCGCCCCGCACGCCCUCCCCAUCCUCCCCACCUCCUCCACUGCUGUCCUUGGAUGGCCCCUAUUCACCUGUGCCCCCACCCUCACCUCCACCCCUGGCGCCCUCAGUGCCACUCCGCUACCAACGUGGUGACCACCACUUCAAGAAGAAGUUUCUCCACCACAAAGGCAGGUUUCGCCCCAAGGGUAAGGGGUGGGACUGGCACCAUACGGCAGACGAAUCGUGGUGCUAACGGAUCCUCCCCUUAGUUCACAUCAAAGAGUACCACUUAAAUUAAUUUGAAUUUGACACUUACAUAAUUUGUUUUUAGGUUUUACAGUUAGUGAGACGUACCUGUAACUCAACCUGACACUUUUCAUCCCCUUCUUGCUAAUAAUUUAAACACUUUUUUGUUAUAAUAUUAUUAUCAUUUCGAUUUGUGAAUUAUUUACAUUUCCUUUGGAUGUCACAUAUUACUAAUGAAUAAAUGGUUUAAACAAUAAAUUAAUUAUGUUUUCAUGGUAGGAAUGUAUGGAUGUACUUGAAAAUGGUUUUCUGAAAGCCGUAUCUUUUGUGUAUCUGUAAUACAAGAAAACUGUGAUAUUCUUUUAAUAGUAGAUUCAUGAUAAUAUGAAGGUUGUUUUACUUAUCCUUUUGUCCAAGUAAUAAUAGUUUUUGUGUAUUGACAGACUUCAAUAUUCCAUCACCAUAAAGGUCUAACCUCCAAAAUGUGGCGAAAACUUCAAAAUUUGAAUAAAAAAUAUAAGUUUUUCCGCUUAUAAAAGAUCAAAGAUCAAUCAUUAACAGACAUUUUAGUAAUGCAUUAACAGAUCUGUUACAUUUCAGAUUACAGUUUAAUAUAGUGUGAUCAAUUUACAGGAAUUAUAUCUGGCAGACAAAAAAGUUCUUAGUUAUAUCCAUGUAUAUUCCUUCUGGAUAAUAUUCCAUAUACAUUUUUCCCACAUCUUUAUUUACUAGUAGGAAGUGGAAUAUUAUAAGUUGGUUUUGUAGGUUACAAAUUCUUGUUAUAAAAACUUCUAAGACAAAAUUUGAAAAAAAUCAAAAGUACUAUGUAAUUAUUUUGUAAACAACUUUAUUCCUUAUUUUUAAUACGAGACAUAAUAAUCGUUCUUACUUAAUAAUGACAUAAUGAAACACAUUAAGUACAACCGAAAAAUUGUACCAGAAUUAUAUUGAAUGUAGCGGGUUAAUUUCAAAAUUUAUAUCUGUAAAAAUUGUGAAAUUUAUUAAGGUUUUACAAUGGUUUUGUUAUUGAAACAUUAGAAUGUUGCAAACUUAUAUGAACUUAAACAUGUAUGUUCUAUUUUUAACUUUAGAUCAAAAUUAAUAAAAUAAAUGAGUUACUACAAAUAAUGACCGCUUAGAAGGAAGUUUAUCUUAGUUGAACAUUUUUUGUUUGUUUUGUGACAAAGCCACCCAAAAAUCAUCUUGUUUGUAAAAAUAUUGUUCCAUCUAGAAGGAAAUGUAAGUAAUAUCCUCACUUGAAUCAUAUUCAUAUGUAAACUAGUUGUAUAUUUAUUGUAAGUAAAUGAAUUGAUGGCAUUAUGUGUUGUUGGCUCAGCCAGUUGGUAUCACUGCCCUGCAGCAGUUGGCGACACUGACUGCUUACUGCUGCAGACUUACACGUUUGACGGCUUGGUACAAGAGAAUGUUUACCUUCUCCUUUUAUGUUCUUGUAUAUUUAGUUUUAAUCAAAUUGAUGUAUCAAUAUACAUUGAGCUAAAUAAUUUAAAUAAUGUAAAUUCAUUAACACAUUUUGUUAAAAGUUUUAUUAUUAUUGGUCAGAAGUACACAAGAUAAGGGAUCUCUGAGAAUGUCUUUUGUACUAUUGUAGUUGACAUUAAGAAUAUAAAAGCCAAAUAAUUCAUUGCAUUUAAUACAAUAAAUAAAGUAUAUAGAUUAUGUUUAGAUGCAAUACAAUUUUUCAUAAAAAUUAAUUUUGAAUCAAUUUAAUCUUUAUUUUUGGUUUUAUUGUAUUGAUCUUUAAUGGUGUUUAGGAUGAAUAAACAUUUAAUGUAGCAAAUGUUUGUUCAAUCAUGAAUAGUACAUUCAUGGUUGUUUACAUUAUUUAUAUAUUUAACUCAUUGUAUUAUUAGUUUAUACAUUUUGUUUUAAUAAUUUGACUGAAGUUUGUUCUUCAACUUUUUUUUAUUAGUAGUUGUUUACUCGUGUUUUGUAAUUUAUUGUUAAUAAUUAUUGUUGUAUUUUUGUUAAUAUAACUAAUUUGUUAUUGAUCAAGUCAUUGUAAAAGUCUUCAUUACUUUAAAAAUUUUAUUUUUAUAUUUUACCAUAAUAUAUCUGUAUAUUAUUAGUGGAUCAGUUCAGUAACUAUACUUGUAAAGUAAAGGAUUAUAUACAUUACAUUGGUUUACAACAGUGAUUAAACAAGAAUAUUUGCACAUUCUAUAAAGUUUCAGCCUUACUUGAAAUUUUGAUUUAUUUCGCAUGCAAACAGAUUAUUCAACAACAGAUUAUUUGUCAUAAAAUUAAACUGUUAAAAUCAUGUAUUAAUUAGCUUAAUAUAAUUGUGAAUUGAUAGUCAAUUGUUAGUAUUUUAUAUUGUGUUCGAUAUAUUUCUUGUGAUAUUUUUAUCUGGCAUGUUUUUUUUAAUUAUAAUUCAAACAUUCCAGCCCUGAAUGGUUUUUUGCUGGUAUUGAUAAAAGGAUAUCGAUUGAUAUCACAUAAUUUAUCGUUAAUUAUGGUACAAACUGAGAAAAAUUAUCAAUAUUUAAAUUUUUUAGGUAUUUUAAGCUUUAUAUUAUUUUAUAUGUGUAUUUAACUUCUAAUAAUUCUGCAAUUUAUACAUAAUGUUAAAUGUUAAGGAACUGUUUUUUGUAAAAAUUUUAUUCAGGGUAUAUAAGAAAUUCUUGAUAAAUUGAUGUAUUGAAACUGAAAAUGAAAAAUCAACAGUGAUUAAUAAUUUUUCUCUUUUAUUAAUGUGGAUUUUCACAUGCAUAUUUAUUCAGGUAGUUAGUAUUAUUUAGCAAUGAAGAUCAUACAAACUAAAUGUCCUGGUGACUUUUAAACCAAGGAGCUUUGUCUCGUUAUUGCAGUUUAUAAUUUUGUUUGUUUGUGUAACUUAGGGUAGUGAGUGAUGUUGGAUAGUCCUUUUGCUCUGUCAUUGUCCAACUUAUAUUUUGUUAUUUUUGGGAAAAAAACCAGAUAGUCCAAUAGAUGCUGCCUUACUGGUAAAAAUACACAAGCAGUGUCGGAGAUUUACAGAGUGUAAGAGGGUUUCAGGGUAAUCUAUGAAGCUCUCUUACUUAUACAUAUUUAUACAGUUUUCUUCUGUGUUACUUUUUAAAAUUAUAUCAUAAAUUCUGUUUAGGAAUGUGAACUUAGUUAAAAAUCAAUUUGAGAGUUUGCUAAUAAAAGGAGAAGUUCAUUUGAUAUUGUGGAAAAUUAAAUCCUGACAAAUUGAAUACUCUCUACUUUAUAUUUCUUGGCUGUACUCUCUACUUUACAUUUCUUGCUGGUAUUUUUACCAAAGUUAUUGAAAUUUUGACAAUCUAAAGCUAAACUCAGGCAUUGACUGAGUUUAAAGGGACUGCUGCAACUUUAUUGAGUUACACAUUAUUAGUUGCAAUAAACACUGAUAUUUCGCCAGGACACGGCUUCUCCAGAAUAGAUACAAGUUUUGACAAUAAAGAAAUAAAUAGCAUCAAAUAUUAUCAGUAAUCAGCAUUGUGGUUUUAUUCAGCUGAUCUAACUAUAUUUCUUGACAUAAUAAAUUUUAAAUAUUCCAAAGAGUUUUUUUACUUCUUAACUCCACGUCAUACAUUUAAACAUACUGUUAUUUUUUGUAUAUCAGGUUGUGAAAAAUAAUUUAUUUAGUUAAAUUAUGUGUAGUUAAAAUAAAACAAGAUGAUGAACUACUUAUUCUCUUAAUGUUUUUUCGUAUAAAAAUAGCUACUCCUUAUGCACCAAAAGUAGGCAAUCACAUGCAAUGUAUACUCAAGAAUGGCUUAGAUAUUGUUAUAUGAAUUUUUUUUCUUUUUGAAAAUGGCCACAAUUUUAGCAAUUUGACAUAAGUGGGAAAAUUUAUUUAAAAAAUGCAUUGACAUAAUACGUCAAAAGUUUGUAAAUUAUUUAGCUGGGAUUGUUGUUAUAGUCGUAGGUCAUCAAUUCUAACAGAGAACUAUUUUCAACAGAAUAAAUUAUUUUAUUAAUUCCAUUUUUAUUCAUGCUGGACAAAUCUAAAUUUACUAUUUGUACAACACUUUUUUGAGUCAACACAAUGUGUUUAGUUGAAUGUUAACAAUGAAAGGUAGGUUAAAUUAUUAACCAGUUGUUGCACACUUUCAACUAUAUCACCUGACCUCAGGAACUGGCAAAAUAUUAGUGCUUAUUGCAAUUAUUUUAUCAAUGCUACAUUUAUUUAGUUUCGUUCCCUGUUACCCACAUCUCAUGGAUUUAAUUGGAGUAUUUUAGGUUUAUGACUAUACACUGAUGACUUCAAAUAUGAACACGAAUUUAAGUUUGAAAAUAAAAUAUUAUAACAUUUUAUUUAUACUUUAAAUUGUCCUUUCACUUCAUAUAAGGAAAAUGUUAAACCGUUACUUCUCUGUCUUUGCCAAUACAAUUUUAAUUCAAACUGUAUGAUAAAAUAAAAUAAAUUUAUCUAGAACUCUUUUAUAAGUUUUGAUUAUUUAUUGUUGACAAUUUGGUAAGAUGCAAAUAAAUCAAUCACAAGAUCAACCUUCCUUACAAUCUCAAUAUAAUAAUUUAAUUGUUUAAAAAAUGUAAGUAAUGAGUUUUGAAACUGUUAUGUUGAAAUUUAAAAAUCAAUAAUAGUACAGUUUUGUAGAGAUUUACGUAUUUUACAUUAACAAUGAAAAUCAUUUAGUUUUGUUCUUUUUUCAUAAUAUUAAAGCUUAUAAUAACUUUUAUGUUUUAUUUGUACAGAAGAAUGUUAUUUUUUUAAUCUGAAGUUCAGAUUUGGUUGUUUUUUUUAUGAUCAGUUGUGUUCCUAAAUUGGUUUUGAGCUGAGUUAAAGUUUUGUUAAUUGUUACAAGUAAGUUGUGUAUAAGAGUGCAGCUGGCUCCAUAUUCCACUGCCAAUGUACAGUAAAAAAGCUGCCAAAUCACUGCCAAUACUCUUAUUUUCUUUUUUCACAAUGGUUAUGUAACGUUGAUUUCACUUGUACAUAUUUAUGUGUUGUUGUUAUGAGGAGAUUUUAAGCCAAAAUAAAGAAUCGAGAAAAUCAUGAAAGUGGUGGAUUUGUUUUGUAACGUUUAAUUUGUUGUGUAAAAAGAGAAAAAGAAUUUAGAGUCUGAAAAAUCUCUUAUACUUUUAAGUACAAAAUGUAAUUGUGUGGAAUUUGUACUUUCAGUGUUUUGUAGAUUGUAUGUGAAUAAAUAAGGAACAUUAAAAUAAGUUACAAAUUA